AUGAAAUCCCGGCACAAGCGCAAGAAGGCCAAAAGGCGAAGCGGAAAUCGUGACAACGAUAAAAAUCAGGCUGAUUCAACAGAAACAAGCUGUGAUGGCUGGCCUCUAGUCUUGAGUGCGCGUCGGGAUAUCUCCCUUAGCACGGAGAACCAGUCAUGGAUGCAAAGUCGAGUGCGACUCGGCGAGGAUGACAGUGACGACACAUACCAAAUCUUCAUGCGCGGCCCCAGUGAUCCAUUUGGCCGGAUACCGAUAGCAGUCAAGCUUGAAGAACUCUGUUCUGGAACGAGUCUUGAGAGUCUUCGAGAAGCUGAACACAAUGAAGAUGGGUCAGUGCGACUUGUUGCGUGGAGGGACGACAGAAAUUUCGAGACUAAAAGCGCUAUUCCAAGUACAUGUUGCAAACCCCUUACCGCUUACGGUCUCUUCCUUGACCUGAGAAGACACCGCUUUCCAAGUGCAGUAUUCGACACCUUUGGCACCGGAUGUGGGUUAGACGCAGACCGGCGUCUGACUUUUAUCAUUGACCUGGACCGAUAUAGCAUUUUCGCACUGGUAUGGACUGCACCUCCUCACCAGGUCCCUGCUCUUCGCAGAGCCUUGUACAACCAUCUCAACUUCGAGCCCUCGCUUGAAAUGACCGCUAGCGUCAACAUACUUCCACCAUUUGAAAUGGCGUUCCAUCUCCCGUUUUUCGUUCUCAGGAGUUCGAAGACCAAACGGGGAGAUCAUCGGCACUAUAGUGACGGAACUCCCCUGAGGCGCUCACACAACGUGUCGUAUAUUAAUGGGCCAACAAAUCCAGCCUCAGAGUGGCUUCAUGAAGCCCAGAUCUCCUGUUUUGUGACAGGAUCGGACGAGUCCAGGUGGGUUGCACACCUCUGGGUCGACAGAUACUAUUUCGACCCCAACGACGAAGAUGAAGAAGACGUAUUUGAGUACGUGACUGAUGCUCUUGAGGAUUCUGGCAUGCAGUCAGACCCACUGCUAUAUGGGAUCGCGGAUGCUAACAAGCCUGCGUGGGAUCCCAGGAUAUAUUUCCUAAGUGCGUUUGCACCUCGCCUCGCACAGGUGCGCCGAGAAUGGGAAAGGGUGGUGAUGAAAUUUCGCAAUCGCAUUCACGCCUUUCCAGAGGCCCUUCAACAUGAUGCAGGCAAUUCAACAACCUCCAAUCUUUCCCUGGAAAAUGCGACCGAACUCGAUCUGCACGCCUUUCGCAGCUGCGUUCUAAGGACUAAAAAUAUGACGGAUCAAUUGAAGCAAUGCCUUUCCAAAAUGAAUAAGGCUUGUGAGCCCUUCUGUUCCAAGUCUGGGGCCUCAAAUGGCGGCUCGCUCCGCUUUCCCAGAGGACACAGACUGAUGGCUGAUGUCCACGAAUCUUUUGAUAGGCUGUGUAAGCUCGAAGAUGCUUUGAACAAUUUGGCUCACGAGUGCGGUGGGUAUAAGGAAGAACUUGACGCUCGGCUCGCCUUGGAAGCCCAUAGGGCGAGCGACAAACAGCUAGAAUUGGCAGCACAGACGAUGACUAUAAGCAGUGAGCAGCAUCAACUAAGCGCCGCUACACUCGAAUUAGGAAAGACACAAAGCCAACUUAGCAAAGACGCACUAGAGCUGGGGAAGAAACAAAGCAAACUCAGUGCAGAAGCACUGGCUUUAGGGGAGAAACAAAGCCAAGCUGCCAAAGAAAGCAAGGGGUUUUCGUUGAUCAUGGUGCUCUACGUCUCACCCGUGGCUCUCACGGCAAGCAUCUUCUCAAUGCAGGAUGGUGUGUUGCCACGUGUGCUUCCAUUCGUCCGCCAGAGCCCCGGAUGGUUUUUUGGACUAAUUGCCAUCUUUGAGUUGUUGGGACUGAUUGUCCAUACGGCAUGGAAUUGUCAAUGGGCUGAGGUUGCUUCCAUGACUCACGAAUAUUACGAUGAUAUGAAACACAAAUUUCAGUUUUCAAGGACGAGGAGCCUUGCAGACGACCCGGAGAAUGAUUGCGUUACUAGUAUAUCCCAGAGCUCUGUUUGA